GGUGUUUACUAAGCUCCUCAAACCCUUCUACUCGAAGUUGAGAGGGGAGGGGGUACUCAUCAUUGGGUACAUAGAUGAUAUCCUAUUGUUGGCAGAUGACUAUACCACCUUGCUUAGGAAUAUCAAUUUCUYAACCAAACUGUUAAAAGAGCUGGGCUUUACCAUUCACGAUCAGAAAUCAAGCCUUGUGCCAACACAGUCUGUCACAUUUUUGGGUUUUAAUAUAGACUCAGUUUCUACUGUAUGUCAGUGUCCAUGACAAAGGGAAAGGCUGACAAAGUUAAAUUAGCCAUUCAGUCACUGUUAAAGCAAAAUAGACCUGUAAUAAGGGAAGUUGCCUCUGUAGUAGGYCUCAUGGUAUCCAGCUUCCCUGGGGUGAGGUAUGGACCCCUUUUUUACAGGGCAUUAGAGAAUGAAAAAACAGAUGCCUUAAAGGCAAAUGAGUGGGAUCUGGAUGACCACAUGCACAUCUCUGACUUGUCAAGGAAUGAUCUUAAAUGGUGGCUGGAUCAUGUGGACAGUGACCCAAGCUCAUUAACACCCGCAGAGUCGUGUGUAACACUUAAGUGUGACAGCUCUCUGGAAGGAUGGGGAUCUGUUUUAUCACGUGAUUCAACCUCGCCUACCCCCACCUCUGCCAAUGGCAGAUGGUCCUACAAUGAAAGGGAGCAUCACAUCAAUUAUCUAGAGAUUAAGGCAAUUUUUUUAGGCCUGCAAUCCCUAUGUUCAGCAUACAAAGACUGCACUAUUACUAUUUUUUCAGACAAUCAGACUGCAGUUGCAUACAAAAAGAACAUGGGAGGUACACACUCUAGAGAUUGCAAUCAAAUUACCAGAGAGUUAAUAAUGUGGUGUAAGGAAAGAAAUCUAUCACUGAUCAUCUCUCACAUCCCUGGGAAGCUUAAUGUAGAAGCUGAUAGGGCAAGCAGACAUGACUUCCAUGAUGACAUAGAGUGGUCACUUGACAAGUGUGUUUUUGACAAAUUAGUUGGUUUGUGGGGUAACCCAGACAUUGACUUGUUUGCUACAAGGUUGAAUGCUAAGCUGCCUUGCUAUGUCUCAUGGAGAGCAGACCCUGGUGCAUUGGCUACUGAUGCAUUCACAAUCAGCUGGUCUGACUAUAAUUUAAUUUACUGUUUCCCACCUUUCAGUAUGAUUGGGAGAGUUCUGCAAAAAAUUGCCCAGAGCCAGGUCAGAGCCAUCAUUGUACUCCCAGACUGGCCAACCCAAUUUUGGUAUCCUCAGAUGCUCAAACUGCUGCUCUCUACUCCAGUCAAGAUAAAGCUACAGAAAUCAACCCUAACACUGCCASACGACAAGAGCAAGAUACACCCACUCUAUCCAAAGCUCCAGAUGAUUGGUUGUCUUGYGUCAGGCAAAGCCUCAUUGAGCAAGGUGUAAGGGGUGAAGYAUUAAAUAUCAUCCUUSACUC